AUGUCGUUGUAUCGGGAAGAAGAAGCACCCACCGAUCGAGUCAGUGAGCAGAGAAGCCUGCAAGUGGUGGAGCGAGUGCUCAAGAGUCGAAUAGAAACUACUGUGGCUGCGAUUAUCUGGUGGUUCUUUGUUCUUGUGCUCGAUGACAUGCUAAACGACGCGAUCGAAACCUCGUGUCCCUUUCAGGAAACUUCAGUCCACCCCACGCUGGAGCUGCUGGAUCGCAUUUGGCAGAACUCGCGUCUUCUUGUACUUUGUAUGGCGUUGACAAUUGCCCGGUUAGUCCACAAACAGGAAUUUUCGCAGUGCUCUACAACUAGGGUCCCCGAUUUCAAGAAUGACACCCUAGUACCCAAAUGCCCAGAAGUGUCGGUUCUCAUAGCGUGCCUUCUUGGAACGAGAGUGAAGACGACGGACAAGUCGAUGGACAUGAGCGUACGAGAUUGUAGUACGAAGUGUAGGUUUGACAUGUGA